GGAGCUCGUGUGCCAGCAGAUGCCUGUGAACUGACCCUUGUCGACCGCAUCUUCACCCGGUUGGGGGCGAGUGACCGAAUCACUUCUGGCGAGAGCACCUUCUUUGUGGAAGUGAACGAGACUUCAGCAAUCUUGCAACAUGCCACCCGACACUCCCUGGUGUUACUUGACGAGCUGGGCCGGGGUACGUCCACGCACGAUGGCAUGGCCCUGGCACAUGCAGUGGUCCAGGAGCUGGCAUCGGCCAUCCGCUGCUGCACGCUGUUCUCGACCCACUACCACCACCUGGUGCAGGGCUUCCGGCUCCACCCAGCUGUGCAGCUGGCCCACAUGGCAUGCAUGGUGGAAGAUGAAAAUGCAGAAGACCCGACACAGGAGACCAUUGUGUUCCUCUACAAGUGUGUGCCAGGCCCUUGCCCCAAGAGCUAUGGCUUCAAUGCUGCCAAGUUGGCAGGUGUCCCACAGCAG